AGAAAUGUGAGGUUUAAGGGCAAAAAAGGGGGAAGAACAAAAGAGAAAGUCUGUGAUAGGGUAGAAUGCAGUUGCUAAACGGGUUGCUGUUCAUUGAACAAUGGCUGCAGAGAGACUUCGAUAGCGUCUUCUACGGUUGCUCUUGUCUCGGAGGACCUGAGUCCAUAUUCGUUGCAGUUGGAGGACUGAGGGGGGGAAAAAAAGGCUUGAAUCGCGUAGUUGUAUCAUUUUGAGUAAAUCCGUUGAGGCCUAGAAGCGCAAUUGAAGCCUCGCAGCAAGUUCGAGAACUUUCCGCCACCAGAGCUAUCAACGGCACGAUUUCGCGCGAGUUUCUGACUGAAUGCCGGUCACUUUAUCUUUUGCCAUUCAAGAGGAGGAGGAGUAAGCAGUAAGCUUUAGUUGACCGCUUAAAAGUUGUUUAUUGAGAGCCUUGGCUGAGUAGCGCAGAAAUAAUCUGGAAACAUGUCCGAGAACGACACUGAUAAUUUAGUCAACAGCGGCAAAUAUGAGGCUGGCAAGAGCAAACGGAAUGUUUGCCGAGACUUUCUGCGCAAUGUCUGCAACCGUGGUAAGAAUUGCAGGUACCUCCACCCAGAUGAUGUUGAGGCUUCCGACCUCGCCGACAUAAGGAAUGACACUGAUAAUUUAGCCAACAUUGGCAGUGAUGAGGCUGGUAAAAGCAAACAGAACAUUUGCCGAGACUUUCUGCGCAAUCUCUGCAACCGUGGUAAGAAUUGCAGGUACUUCCACCCAGAUGAUACUGAGGCAUCUGACCUCACUGACAUAAGGAACGACACUGAUAAUUUAGUGAACAUUGGCAAUGACGAGGCUGGCAAAAGCAAACAGAACAUUUGCCGAGACUUUCUGCGCAAUCUCUGCAAUCGUGGUAAGAAUUGCAGGUAUUUUCACCCAGAUGAUAUUGAGGUCUCCAACCAUGCUGACCUAGGUGACGAUGCUGAUAAUUUAGUCAAUAAUAGCAAAUAUGAGGCUAGCAAGAGCAAAUUGAAUGUUUGCCGCGACUUUCUGCGCAAUGUCUGCAACCGUGGUAAGAAUUGCAGGUACUUCCACCCGGACAAUGUUGAGGCGUACAACAUUGGUGACAUGCGGCAUGAGUCGAUCUUUUGUCAGUACUUUCAGAAUAGCAAAUGUACCCGUGAGAACUGCACGUUCAUUCACGGGACAAAGGGGGAAGAGAAUUACUACAAUAAAACAGGAAAGCUUCCUGCCCACUUGCAACAGACAGUGGCUGUGACAUUUGGGCUCUCGCCCUCUAACCUUCCUCUUAUUACAAAGGAAAUCCCAUUCUGCCGUGAUUUUCUAAAGGGCAAGUGUCGAAGAGGAUCCAAAUGUAAAUUCCAACAUUUAAAACGUGAUGACAAUGAUAAAAAAAGUGUAGAAAGAGUGUCGUCACAAGAUAGAGAACUUUCUCCUGAGAUUUGUAGAUAUGACCGUUUGGAUGACCUCUAUGAGACUGAGAGAUGUGAUUAUGACCAACACCCGAAAAGGAGAAGGGUGGAGGGCCUGCGGUUUGAAGUAUUUGAUUACAGCACUCCUCCUAGUCUGCGCCCAGGUGAACUGAGUUUUUUGGAGGAGGAAAACCAUAUGCUUAGAAAGCGCAAUGAAGAACUCAAAAAGCAGGUGUCAAGCCUAAUGCUGACCAAUGAGGUCCUUCUGGAGCAGAAUGCAGAUCUGCGCAAGCAGGUGAAGUUGGGGAUCCUGAACACUGGGGCUGACCCAACACAACAGCCAACCAUGCACACUGUUACCAACUAUAACCAUAGCAUAGUGGAGACUCACACCACCCUGAGCAACCAGACACUGAGGUCACAGCCCAUUUCUCAUCAAGAGUUGAUAGCGCAAGCUAGAGCUCAUAAUGCUUUGUGUUCUGAAGCUACAUCCCAAAGUCCACCCCGUCUUAGCGCUUCUAUCUCUGCACCCUAUGCCCAGGGGAUGGCAUCGCCUGUCUCGAUGGCACCACUUGCCAUUUCUGCACCGGUGGCAGUUACACAAUCACUGCCAGGAAUUGCCAUGAGCUAUACCACCACUCAAAUGGUCAGUUAUCCAAAUGCGUCACAGAGUAUGAGGUUCCUCUGUCGUGCAGAAGAGAGUUGAGGUUGGAAGACAUUACAAAAGAUUUCUAUUUUCCUGUUGUUGCUUCCAGGGCAGUUGUGAAAAAGGAGUUAAGUCUCGCCAUCAGCAACCCUUUUGCAAAAAACAAUGAAAUAAUGAGGAUACUUUUUAUUCCUGUGUACAAUGGUGAGUGUUGAUGAACUCACCAAGGGAACUGCCAAUGCAGAAUUGUACCUCAGCAGUAGUAACAAACUGAAGUUAAACCAUUCUUCAGUUUGCCACAAUAUACGCCGCAAAUGUUUUAGAAAAGAACAGAUUAAACAGAAACCAUGUUUUUGAACGCUUUGAAAACUUGGUGUCAGCAGAGGUCUUGAUUUUGUUUUGCUCACUCUGUAAACUCUGAUGCUAAUGAAAGCGAUGUUUUUGACAGCACUUUGCAAUGCCCAGACCAACUUAAGCUCUCCUGCUGCUGCAGUUGGAAUAGUUUUGCCUGCACUAUGCUCUGUCCGCUCAUGUAAAAUUAGUUUCAUUCAACAACAAAAAAGUAGUUUUUUAAAGUUUAAAUUAUGCAUGCGCUAAAAAGCUUUGUGCCUGUUCAGCAAUUGACAUGUUUUUAAAUCACUUUUAAACUAGGACACUUUUACAGAACAAAAGGUAAAUCAUUCUUUACCCCCGCCCCCCUCAAAAGAUACACUACUGCUUUGAUUGUGGUCAGGGCAGUAAUUGGAGGAUAUGCGGAAGGUGGAACCACAGAUAUCUAUUUUCCCUUCCGUUGGGGAAAUUGUCCUGUAGUAUAAAUGGGACAGUUUCAACCACAGAUUUUGGGGAGUGAGGGGGCUGUAAAUCUACAAAAAUGGCUGUCUUCCUAUAAAUGCAGCAACAGGGGGCUAACAACAUGCGCGCAUUUGAAGUAAGGUCACAAGCACCUUGGAUUAAUGACUCCCAACUAGCGAUGGUCAUCAAGUUCUCUUAAGUUGUCUUGUUCACAAAUCAUCAGUUUUGAGCACUCAAAGUUCAAAUUGUAUUAAUGAGCUAUAUGUUGAGCAACAAAAUUGUUUUUUUAAGGGAUACUGAUGGCAAGACUUCCUCUGCAUAAACUAAACAGAAAAUCUGCAAGAUCAUUAAUGGAUUGAUAGUCUAUCAAAACAAAUGAUUCAAUGGGAUACGAUAUAAAUUGCAGACUACUUAUUUUCCUUUCCUUCCCCCAACAAUUUAUGAAAUUGUCACUUUUUUAGUUAUUUACCAAUGUACUUUUAGCAGUAUUUUUAAUUUUUUUAACCAGUAAUCUAAUACCCACAAAUGUUCUAUUUUUCCAUUUCUUUAUUCAGAGAUUACAAUUGGGGUUAUCUGAAACAAAGUAGUAAUGUAAUGCUUACUUUGUUAGAUUUUAAAUCUCCCUGAUAUUUGCAUAUAGACAUUCUGUAUCCAUCCCAUCUCAAAGAUUCUGUGAUUCAGAUAUGCAUACAGAGGGUUAAUUUUCAGUGAUUCAUGUGUAUUUAGUUGAAAUUUAAUUAAACAUACAUUGUGUCUCUUUUUUUCCUCAAGUCAUCAAAUUUGCAUUUUUCCUUUUAUGUUUUUGUACAAAUAGAAUUCCUGACCGAAACAUUUGUAGCUCUUGUAUUUACCGUCUUUUCUUUUCAAACCUGUAUGAGCCCUCUGAAGAUUGGACUACGAAAGGUGUUUUUUAGAAAUGAAAUGAAUACAUUCUCACCACAAACUCCCAAGCAUAUAAAAAUUAUUGUAGAAUGGUACAGUACUGCAACUUGUUUAUGAAUCCGACUAAAAUGUGUAUGUAAUAAAUAUGUUUGAUUUAGCGCCUGGAGGCAGGGUGGUUAGCAACUAAUAGAUGAAAGCAGCAUUGCAGCAGAUGAUGUAGAGAAAGAAUUGCUGGUUUCUCAUCAUUUGUUGGAAGGUCGAGGCUCAACACUGAUAUAUUGCUGUGCCAUAUCCGCGUCUGGUCAGGAUGCUCACCCGAUGCCACUGUCAGUCUGCAGAUUUCAGGGGUGCCUUACCAAUGUAUACGGCAUAAGUAUGGCUGCUUUCUGUUUUUAAUUCAGCGGCAACAAAAUCGCAAAGCCAAUCAGAGCAAAUAAGAAACAUACAUUCAUGCAGACACAAAAAAGUACCAUGUAGAAGGUAGAUAUAUGUGUAUGUAUAUGAUAUGACUAAAACAUAUUUUUAGUCAUCAGUAGUAUAAAUGUAUGUGUGACGUUGAGCGAGGACAGAAUCUGGCUCAGUGUAAUGUUUCCUCCCCCCUCAGUCAAAUAUCCUGCACCGUCUAGGCUCAAAUGAAAGAUGACCACUUGGGUGAGAUACCAGUGGACACCCUGUUGAACUAUACUUCAGUGUGGUGUCAGUGCCUUUGGGUGAGGAGGCUGAGAGUAGAAAAUUGGCAGAGGAAAAAGAGGGAGGGAGAAGGCUUGCAAUUAUACAUUAGGAUAUAAAAGAGAACUACAGUAAAUAAUGUAGAAUACAAUGUGUGUCAUGUAGUUGGUUGGCAGUUCAGUUUUUUUCUACUGUAAUUUGUAUGAAUAGCACAUAAUUGUGCCCAUUUGAUUGACCCUUGCUCAAACAAAUUACACCAUUAGGUAUGUCAUUGACCUGCUCUACUGCAUGAUAGGAUGGGGCAUCUGAGGGAGGUGCAAAGAGAAACGAGGUACUUCUAAGCAGAGGGGCAUUGUGAAAAUGAACCCGUGCCUGCAUCCAUUUUGUUUAAGGGGGAAUAAGGUAACUAUACAGUUUCCCAAAUUUUCUGUGCAGUUAUUCACUUCAAGAUGAUUUUAACUUUUGCAAGUUUUUUGUUUCCAAUUGUUGUAUUCAAUAUUUUGACUCAAUUACAGAUUUCUAACUUGUUAAAAUUGCACGUGGGAGUUUCUAUUUAUGUAAUAGUGGCAUUACUGUCAAUCAGGAAACUGUGUAGAAAAUGCACUGUUGGGAAGGAUUAAAGGGCCAAAACCAAUAGUGAGGAGCUUGGGUCUGCAACAUGGGAAAUAUGAACCUUUUGAAAAUCUUAGUUUCAAAAUACAGCAAACACUUCACUGUUCUGAGAGUCCCCAAGAUUUUGCAACAUAAAGUGGAAUGCCAGGAUUGUCUAACUGCAGCCAGAAAACCCAAAAUCCACAACAAUUCAAAUAGAUUUUCUAGGCACAACUUUUGAAAAAGGCCCGUUAAGCACAUUUUAUCGAUUUUUAUGCUGAUAACUUGUUAGUGUAGAUACCGACUGUCAAAUAUUCACAAAGUUCUGGAUGUCUGUUGAUGUUCAUAAAGAGUUAUGAUUUUAUUAAGAAUCUGAAGAUAAUUGAUGUCCAGUAUAUAUAAAUAUUACAGACUAUACAUGACAAUGAAUGUACAGCAGUGUUGUCACAUUUGUUAGAAAUAAAACUGAUUCAGGACCAGAAUAGAUGAAUUCACACUGUUUUUGAACAGAGCCAACUGGACGAGGAAGACUUUUGUCUUUGGGUGUGUUUUUUUCUUUGGGUUACAUGUACUACCAUUUUCCAAAGUUAAACCUUCCCACUGAUAACCUCCAGAAUAACCUAAACUUUUGUAUCUUGCUUAAUUGAUAUUGUGUAAGUUUUUAAAAAAAAUCAUAUUUGCAAGAAAAUUAAACACAAGUUUUCUCCGCUCUAUGUAUAACUACGUUUGUUAUCAGUUCAUUUUUUAAAAAUGUUGAUAUAUGUAAUCAUUUUAGAGUGUGAACUAUGAAUUAUUCAUUUUAAAAUGGUUAGAUUCUUUAGAAGGGCAAUCUAGUGAUCUAAGAAUUCAUAAUAGUUCUUGUCAGCUUGCUAAGUACCCAUUGCUUUUGGUACCUGUCUUGAGCAAACCCCACCCUUGGCCAUCACUCAGACAUAUUAGAUGAUUCUUAAUUCACCAUUACUAAGCUGUACUAUUUGAUUUGGAGGAGGAUGGGGAUGGAAUUGGGAAUCUGGAAGGCGGAGUGUCCUCCUACAGAAAUGUAUACCACCUCCUGGCAGAUUAAAUUAGCAUUGUGUCUUGUUCUGCUUGCUAAAAAUGGACGCAGAUGUUUCAUGGAAAGGAUGUAAGGUUGGACCUAUUCAACCAUGUCACUGAGGAAAGCUGCUGAACAGAGACCAGUUGUUUCCCCACAUUGAAAGUAUGGGGCAAUAGCAGAAGGAUUUGUCCCUGAGUUCUUGUUUGUCUAACAGCAGCCAGUUUCAGAGCAGCAUAAUUAAAGGCUGGGUGAAGGACACCCACUUUCUUGUCUGCUGGCAGUGUACGAAGCAAGAUUACCUUUUGUUGUAGAAAGAUGAGCCUCUUCCUGAACAAAGGAAAAAAAACUGUAUUUCUGUGGGAUACUAAUGUGUGUGGUGCAAUGAAAUUAAAGUUUCUCAAAGUCUU